AUGAAUCUCCGAAAAAAGCUUAAAUGUAAAUUGAGAUCCCAUUUUGAAGAAUUUCGUCAAAAGUUCUAUGUUUGUCAAAAUUCAUUAUGCAGUGAGCUAUUUGAGGCUCGAUGGUCACAUUUGGUUGAUCAAUAUCUAGAAGUGGCAAAAUAUAUGUCAGAAACACUUUAUGUUAAUAAGAAGUCAUGGGGAAUAUCGUGGAUAUGUAAUCAAUUUACAGCUGUUAACAUUAAUAAUUAUGUCAAAAAUGAGAAGCACUUUGAAAAAUUUAAAGUCGAGCAUAGUGCACUACCAACAGUUGGAUUGCCAACAUUAAAUAUUAUGCUUUUUAGACAAAUAGAUGACAUAAUGAAAAAAUUCUUAAUGCCUAUUAUGCUAGGUAAACAGCAUUUGCAAAUGAAUCAAUCAACUGACUAUGAUGACGAAGAGGUCAAUAUUGGUCUUCAGGAACAGGAACAAGACAUUCAUCAAAUUCUUUUCAAAUCACUUAUUAGAAAUAUUAAUCAAGAUGAAGUCUUAGAAUAUCUGGAACCAAAUAUAGAUCAAAGAAAACUUUUACAACAAACAUCAACAAUCAAAGUCUGUUGUACAGUCAGAUCAGAAGGCAUUCAACCUAAUAUUACAUUCGAGAACUUGUUUUUUAUUCAACCAAGCUCUUAUAAUUUGUACUUAACAACAAAGCCUAAAAAAGCUGUAUAUGCUGAACUAUUUGGAUUAUCAAAAAAGGCUAUCGAUUUGGCUAUCAAAUCUGAUAUAUCGCGGAAGCUAGUAAAUACUCUUAAAUUAUUUCUAAAUGACGUACAAGACAAAAAUCAACAAACAAAUAAUGAUGACAAUCAGAUUGUCAUAAAUAAUCCAAAUAUUGUUAAGCAUAAGGGCCAGCCAUCAAAAAGAUUGAAGUCUAAUAUUGAGUAUGGAUCUUUUAAAAGUGGACAGGUAUUACAAAACAAUAUUAACACAACAAAUAUAAUAAAAAAUAUGAGUGGCGAUAGUGAUAAUGAAACGACGAGUGUUGUGAAGAGACGUAUAUGUGGAAAGUGUAAACAAUAUGGGCAUUAUGCUAAAAUGUAUCAGGCAUGA